AUGGACGAGGAUACUGCGCUGGAGGAAACUGCGCUGGAGGAAACUGCGCCGGAGGAAGCUGCUCUGGAGGAAACUGCUCUGGAGGAAACUGCACUGGAGGAAACUGCGCUGGAGGAAACUGCGCCGGAGGAAGCUGCUCUGGAGGAAACAUCGCCGAAGGAAACUGCGCCGGAGGAAACUGCGCUGGAGGAAACUGCGCUGGAGGAAACUGCGCUGGAGGAAACUGCGCUGGAGGAGGAGGAGGAUGACAGCUCGUGGGGCGCCGACGAGGACCCAUGGUGGUGUUUUGACGUGUUCUGGUGCGGCCCACUCGAGCACCUGCCACUACCGCCAGACUUUGUGCCGCCCCUCCGCCUUGCCUCGCUGCGAGUCCCGGACGAGGCGGCGGGGCUAACGGCGAUGUACGCCAUACCGAUGCCGACCCCAGUGGCUGCCUUCGGCGGCGGCGGGGGUGCGGGGGUGUGCGGCAAACCCCGUGAGUCCUCACGGCGUUCCUCACACAGCUUCACAGACACGAGUGAUGCUCUGGCGGGUGGUAGAGGCGCAGAGCGAGAGGCACGACAGUUUCUGCGCAAGCUGCGUGUUCAGCAGCUGCUGCUAGAGACCCAUGAGCGGCGAUCGCGACGAAUGCUGACGCAGGAGGAGACGGCGGCCUGGAAGGCGGUGGCGGAGGAGAGGCCUUUGGUCUUCGCCCGCCAUGGGCGGCGAUGA